AUGACGUAUUACGAGAAUGACAGUGGUGGUCGGAGAGGGGAGGUGGUGACGGAUGUUACCUUCACAAUCCAACCCGAUGAUUGCAAUGGUGACUAUGUGAAAUUGAGGCCCGGUCCCGACGACGGUUCUUCUGCGGUGGUGGAACCUUCUCCACCGACGAUAAGAGCCACCGUGUGGUAUUGGAUGAAAUUGGUCAUGUUGUUUUUAUGCCUGGGGUUUUUGGCAGUGGUUGUGCUUGUCUGGGUUGGACCCCUUUUCAUGGACAAGGGGGUUAUUCCGAUAAUAAAUUGGGAGACAAAGACUUUCAGUACUCCAGUGUUAAAUGUUUUGGUGUUUGCCUCUGUGGCAAUUUUCCCAACCCUACUUUUGCCAUCUACACCUUCUAUGUGGGUGGCUGGAAUGACACUUGGUUAUGGCUUUGGGUUCUUGCUAAUUAUAUCUGCAGCAGCUAUUGGUGUAUCACUCCCUUUUAUCAUUGGCAAAACCUUCCAACAUAAAAUUGAAGGGUGGUUGGAGAAGUAUCCGAAGAAAGCUUCUAUUCUAAGGUCUGCUGGUGGAGGAAACUGGUUUCAUCAGUUCCGGGCUGUUGCCUUAAUCAGAAUUUCCCCAUUCCCUUACUUAAUAUUCAACUAUUGUGCUGUGGCAACAAAUGUCAAGUAUGGGCCUUAUAUAGUUGGAUCCUUGGUAGGAAUGGUGCCGGAAAUAUUUGUGGCAAUCUACACUGGAAUUUUGAUUCGUACAUUGGCCGAUGCUUCACAUGAAAAACAUUCUCUAUCUGCCCAACAAAUUAUUCUCAAUGUUGUCGGCUUCUGCAUAACGGUAGCCACAACCAUCUUUAUCACAGCUUUUGCUAGGAGACGGCUUGAUGAGUUACAAAGGGAGGAGGAGACAUUGUUGCAAUAG